GGGACAAGUCGCGCACGUUGCAACGCUCAAAUCUCUCUUCUCUCUUUCUCCAGUUCCUCCCACAACACACUCAAAAUGGUCGCCGCCGCCGAGCUCGAGAAGCACCUCUCCACCCGCGCCUACAUUGACGGCGACGCCCCGUCGACCGCCGACGUUGCCGUCUUUGAGACCCUCAAGCUCAGCGACGUUAAGGAGCCUCACACCGCUCGCUGGUACAAGCACAUUGCUUCGUACGCCGGCGAGACCUCGUCGCUCCCUUCGGGCAAGGUCCCCUUCGCCGGCAUCGAGGCCGCCGCUGGUGCCGCCCCCGCCGCCGCUGAGGACGACGACGAGGACAUUGACCUCUUCGGCUCGGACGACGAGGAGGUUGACGAGGAGGCUGAGCGUGUCAAGGCCGAGCGUAUCGCCGAGUACAACAAGAUCAAGGAGGCCAAGAAGCAGGAGAAGCUCGCCUCCGGCAAGCAGCUCGAGGUCGCCAAGUCGGUUGUCACCCUCCAGGUUAAGCCUUGGGACGACGAGACCGACAUGAAGGAGCUCGAGGACGGUGUCCGUGCCAUUGAGAUUGACGGCCUCGUUUGGGGUGCCUCCAAGCUCGUUCCCGUCGGCUACGGCAUCAAGAUGCUCCAGAUCAACCUUGUCAUUGAGGACGCCAAGGUCUCGCUCCAGGACCUCCAGGACCAGAUCACCGACGACCUCGAGGACUACGUCCAGUCCACCGACGUCGCCGCCAUGCAGAAGCUUUAAGCAGCUGUGUGCUCGGAUGUGUCGUGUUUAGUUGUGCUAUAGUUGGGCGAUGCAUAUGCAAGUCCAGUUUAGUUUAUGGAGCUGUGGGUGG